CAACUCUUUCCAUUCCAACCCUCAAACUCCAGCACCGGGGAAAACAAAAACAAAAAUACUUGCGUCCUUGGCUUGCGAAAACUGCGCUCUCAUCCUGGGCUCUGAUUGGUCCACAGUCAACAGUCAAAUAUAACACAAACAGCACAGCACGGCACAGCACAACGUAGUUCAGGAAAGCAAGGAAAGGAAGGGAAGGGAAAGGGAAGAAGAGAAGGGAAAGGGAAGAAGAGAAGGGAAAGGGAAGAAGAGAAGGGAAAGGGAAGAAGAGAAGGGAAAGGGAAGAAUGGGGAUGAUGAUAAGACGGCUUACUUCCAUCUGUUUCGAUAUCCGAUUGUGACGAGGAUGAUGACCGCAGGAAUGGGAAACGGGCCUGGAGAGCUCAGGCCAGGAAAGCCGUUAUGCGGAUCAAGAUCAGAGCCUGGAGCUGGAUUAGAUAUCAAUCCUAUGGAAUUAUUUGACCUGGCAAAAAGGCGAGGGAGGGUGCUGUAUUGUGCGGCGCCAAUGGUGAGAUAUAGUAAGUUGGCGUUUCGACAAACGGUUGCACAGUAUGGAGUUGAUUUGACGUGGACGCCUAUGAUUUUGGCCAAGGAGUUCAAUCGUAGUGUAUUGGCAAGGGAUAGCGAUUUCACCACCUGCCCUAAUCCGCCCCCUACAAUCGUUCAACUCGGUGUAAAUUCACCACUCGAAAUCGUCCGCACAACAACCCUUCUCGCUCCCCACGUAAACGGCAUCGACAUCAACUGCGGCUGUCCCCAAUCCUGGGCCUGCGCAGAAACUCUUGGCGCGGCCCUGAUGCAUCAUCCCACUCUCGUGGCAUCCAUGGUCUCCUCCGCAAAAUCAACAUUACAUGAAUUGGGGUAUGAGGGAAAGAAGACCAUCUCAGUAAAGAUCCGUAUCCACAAGGAUCUCCGACAGACGCUCGAUUUCGUCCGACAGGUUGAAGAUGCUGGGGUUGAUUUCAUUACCGUGCAUGGCCGCAUGAGGAGUACGAGGAGUAGUGAGCCGGUCAAUCUUGAUGCGAUCCGCGUUGUGAAGGAACAUGCUAAGGUGCCGGUUGUGGCGAAUGGUGAUGUUUUCUCACUUGCGGAUGUGGAGAGGAUUGUGCGUGAGACUGGCGUGGAUGGUGUUAUGAGUGCGAGGGGACUCUUGGAAUGUCCUGGAUUGUUUGCUUCGCCCUCAUCCUCUCCUUUAUCGGAAUCGAUAUUCUCCUUCUCCGUUUCUAAGAAUGGUACUGAAGAGGUGCAACGAGACAGGCAGAUGCGGAACGACGAUGGCGGGGACAAUAGGUGGGAGGUAUUGGAAUUCUUUCUCAAUAGUGUCGUCCGUGCACCCAUACCGUUCAAGCUGGUGGUACAUCAUAUCAACGAGAUGGUUGGGAGUGAUAGGAGUCAGUCCGGGAAAGCUACGACGCUGUUUAACAAGGAGGAGAGAGCGGGGUUGAUGGAAUGUAAGAGUUUGAUUGAAGUGAUUGAUUUUGUUGAUGGGGUUAGGGAGGUGCGGAGAUUUGACUGAAGGGAGGGGUAGGGAGAGGAGAGGGGAGGGGGGAACAGCUUAUUGCAAUGCAGACCGAAGGCUUGUGGUAGAAUUACGUCGAUUUCUGCGUACAGAUAAGUGGCUGGCGUAUGGAACUUCGUGGCUUGAUUGCAAGGGCUUUUAAAAAGUGGGAGAACAUCGCGUCAGUAGGGGAAUGAAAAUUACCACAGUGGAGUCUCUCGAAAAGUCCAACUGUACAACCAAGCUUUAUACACUCUAAGAAGUGACAAGACAGGCGGAUUGGGGUUCAGGCGAGAUGGGAGAACAAGUUGGACCCCCCAAAGCUGUCGUGCAGCAAGGCACAUGAGCCGUUUUCAAAGUGAGCGUCUAGAUCUAUAUCCAGCCAAUGAUUCGUAUCGGUGAUAACUUCCUCGAUGUCUACCAAAUCUCCAAUAGUAGCCAGUGUAAAUGCGAGGGAACUACAAGACAUCGAGAUAAGCACUGCUUGAGUCAAAGGACUCAAAAGGAAAUAUUGCGGAUGUCGAUCACUGAUCUGGAAGCGAAUAAUUGCAGGAGGGGGUCUGUGGCUGCGAGGCUGAAUCCAGUGAUAGUGAUGGUUAACAGAUUCGACGACUUCGAUGUUGAAGUUCCGUUUGGGGGACGGAUAUUCUUGCUUUGAUGCACGGCUAAGCGGCUAAGCUGAGCGAUGGAUAUGGGUCAUGAAAAAAAAAAGGGCCCGGGGGGGGGACAAGGGAAGAGUGCCGGUAUGUAACUUGGGAUAUUGGUUUCGUGAGAAUUGGGGAUGGUGUUGCAACUUCCCCUUAUAUCGUUGUGACACUUGACAUCUGCUGAUAAUUCUGCUCCUACUUCGCUUGGGUAGAUAAGUUAUGGCGAGUACAUGGACUUCGGCAGCGUUCUUCGAAGUCCUGUUGUGAGGAUUGAUGGUUACGGAAUUCAGUGUCAACAGUGAUACGCGAGAAUGGCUGACCUCGUCGAAUUGAAUGAAACCUUGGGCUUCUAGCUUGAGGUUUAUUUCAACAAGGUGAUAUCUGUUGUCUCGUUCAGGGAUUCAAGAAGACUGGCGAGAGACUUGCAGACUGUCAAGUUAGGGAUGCAAAUAUUGAAUGAGUCACGCAAUACCCUCCGGUUGGUACUGGAGUUUAGUUCUCU